AUGGAGAUGUUUCUCCAGGCUUCGGAUAGAGCAAGUCAAAGACACGAGUCUCGCCAGGAACUCUUCCGAGAGCGUACCAUACAUAAUAAGCAUAACCGCCCUGCUAAGGUCAAAGCCCUUUACCAGAGGCGUGUGAAACUCUGGAUCGGUUUUCUUGUUAACACCGGAAGGGUUCCAGAUAGCUAUGAGAUCAAAAAAGGGUCUCCUGCUCCCGAUGUCAACUUGAUCAAAGCUUUCAUCCGCUGGUACGUGUUUCAUGCAAGAAGAGGUGCUCGCACAGGCGUGUUGCCUAGCAUGAGAAGUGUUUUGUGGAUUAGAGAUGAUCUGAGAUUCAUUGAUCUCAGAAGCAGCCGAAGAGCUGCACGUCACGACUGCUCUGCUUCUCGUGUCUCAGAAGCAGCCGAAGAGGCACACAUCGCGGCCGCUCUGCGUCUUGUAUCUCUGGAGUAA